CUGGAUGUGACACCAGGCAGAGGAGAACUUCGCAGCUUGCUCAGUGUCCGAUUCCAGUUCCACCACGGACGCAACCAUGAAGGGCUGCAAUUGGGCAACUGCUGGCACUGUGCUUCUGGCUUCCCUUGUCCUGAGCUCCAGAACAGCUCGCUCUGAGGAAGACCGAGACUCACUGUGGGAUGCCUGGGGUUCGUGGAGUGAAUGUUCACGCACUUGUGGAGGAGGCGCUUCAUAUUCAUUGAGACGAUGCCUGAGCAGCAAGACCUGUGAAGGGCGAAACAUCCGAUACAGGACAUGCAGCAACGUGGACUGCCCUCCAGAAGCAGGUGAUUUUCGUGCCCAGCAGUGCUCUGCUCAUAAUGACGUCAAGUACCAGGGACAGUUUUAUGAGUGGCUUCCUGUCUCUAAUGAUCCUGACAAUCCGUGUUCGCUAAAGUGCCAGGCCAAAGGAACGACUCUUGUUGUAGAGCUGGCGCCUAAGGUUCUAGAUGGCACCCGAUGUUACACUGAGUCGCUGGAUAUGUGCAUCAGUGGCUUGUGCCAAAUUGUUGGCUGUGACCGCCAGCUGGGAAGCACUGUCAAGGAAGAUAACUGUGGAGUCUGCAAUGGCGAUGGGUCCACCUGCCGGCUCGUUCGAGGCCAGUAUAAGUCCCAGCUCUCAGCAAAUAAACUGGAUGAUACGGUCGUUGCUAUUCCCUAUGGAAGUAGGCAUGUUCGUCUCGUGUUGAAAGGACCAGAUCAUUUGUAUUUGGAAACCAAGACUCUGCAAGGUGUGAAGAGUGAAAACAGCCUGAGCUCCACAGGCUCCUUCCUCAUGGACAAUUCUAGCAUUGACUUCCAGAAGUUUCCUGACAAGGAGAUACUGAGAAUAUCUGGGCCUCUCACUGCGGACUUCACUGUCAAGAUUCGUUACGCUGGUGCUGCCGACAGUUCAGUUCAGUUUAUCUUCUAUCAGCCAAUCAUUCACCGAUGGAGGGAAACUGAUUUUUUUCCUUGUUCAGCAUCCUGUGGAGGAGGUUAUCAACUGACAUCUGCUGAAUGUUUUGAUCUGAGAAGCAACCGGGUAGUAGCUGAUCAAUACUGUCACUAUUAUCCUGAAAAUAUCAAGCCAAAGCCAAAACUUCAGGAGUGUAAUCUGGAUCCUUGUCCUGCAAGUGAUGGAUACAAGCAGAUCAUGCCCUAUGACCUCUACCAUCCCCUUCCUCGCUGGGAAAGUACACCCUGGACUGCCUGUUCGUCAUCCUGUGGAGGGGGUAUUCAAAGCCGCAGUGUCUCAUGUGUGGAGGAAGAUAUUCAAGGGCAUAUCAGCCCCGUGGAAGAGUGGAAAUGCAUGUACACUCCCAAGAUGCCUGUUGUCCAGCCUUGCAAUAUAUUUGACUGCCCAAAGUGGCUCGCUCAGGAGUGGUCUCCGUGCACUGUGACCUGUGGACAGGGGCUCAGAUACCGUGUGGUUCUUUGCAUUGAUCACAGGGGGAUGCAUACAGGAGGUUGUAGCCCUAAAACAAAGCCACAUAUAAAAGAAGAAUGCAUCAUACCCACUCCUUGCUACAAACCUAAAGAGAAACUUCCAGUGGAAGCAAAGUUGCCAUGGUAUAAGCAGGCUCAAGAGCUGGAAGAAGGAGCAGUGGUGUCUGAAGAACCAUCAUUGCGCGUGGGAUAUGCAAGGUUUAUUCCUGAGGCUUGGUCCACCUGUAGUGUCACCUGUGGAGUGGGCAGCCAGGUGCGGCUUGUGAAAUGUCAGGUGCUCCUGUCUUUCUCCCAGUCUGUGGCUGACCUGCCCAUUGAUGAAUGUGAAGGCCCCAAACCUGUGUCUCAGCGAGCCUGUUACAGUGGUCCCUGUAGUGGGGCAGCGACUGAGUAUAACCCAGAGGAAACUGAUCAGCUGUAUGGCAGCUUGCAAGAAUUUGAUGAGCUCUAUGAUUGGGAAUAUGAGGGCUUUACGCAGUGUUCAGAGUCCUGUGGAGGAGGUGUCCAGGAGGCUGUGGUGACCUGCCUGAACAAACAAACCAGAGAGAUGGCAGAUGAGACACUGUGUGUAAUCAGUCGCCGUCCUCCACAGCUAUUGAAAGCCUGUAACCUGCAGCCCUGCCCCGCAAGAUGGGAGAUUGGGAAGUGGAGCACCUGCAGUCUUACCUGUGGGGUUGGAUUGCAGACAAGAGACGUCUUCUGUGCUCACUUACUAUCAAGAGAAACUAACGAAACGGUGAUUUUGGAAGAUGAAUUGUGCUAUAAACCCAAACCGUCUCUUGUGCAAGCCUGCAAUCGUUUUGAUUGCCCACCUUCCUGGUACCCUACAGAAUGGCAAGAGUGUUCACAGACAUGUGGAGGUGGUGUCCAGAAACGAGAUACACUUUGCAAGCAGCAUCUGGCAGAUGGAAGCUUUCUAGAGCUUCCAGAGACCUUCUGCUCUGCUCCAAGACCCGUUUCCCAACAAGCCUGCAGAAUUGAGGACUGUCCCAAUGAGUGGCUUCUCUCUGACUGGACACAGUGUUCAGUGAGCUGUGGAGAGGGCACCCAGACUCGAAAUGCCAUUUGCAGAAAGAUGCUGAAAACUGGUGGUUCAGUUAUCAUCAAUUCCUCCCUGUGCCCACCUUUGCCAUUCUCAUCCUUGGUCAGGCCCUGUGCACUAGCUACUUGUGCAAGGCACAACAGGCCAGCUCAUAAGCAAAGCCCCCAUAUUAUGGCUGCAAAGAAAGUUUACAUCCAGACAAGGAAGCAGAAGAAGCUACAUUUUAUUGUGGGUGGGUAUGCCUACCUGCUGCCUAAAACCUCCAUUGUUGUCCGAUGCCCUGCAAGAAGGAUCCGGAAAUCAAUGAUCACUUGGGAGAAGGAUGACAAAAGACUCAUCAGCUCAGCUCACAUCACCAUUGUACCCUAUGGUUAUAUGAAAAUUCAUCGUCUGAAGCCCUCAGACACUGGGACAUACACCUGCACGGCAGGGCCAGCCCGGGAGUAUUUUGUAAUUAAACUAAUUGGAAGCAACAAGAAGCUCAUUGCUGGGCAACCAGCUGGCAUUAGGGAGGAAGAAGCUAUGAAAAAGGCCAAUUUAAAUGAAGCCUUGCGAACUCAGGAGAAACAUCUCAAUGGGAUUCUCUUCAAUGGGAGCAAGGCUGAAAAAAGAGGACAUCUUGCUGACCUCAGUAGCUGGUAUGAUGAAAUUGUCUCAAAGCUGCUACAGCACAAGGGCUGGCCAGGGGAAAAUCCAGAGUCCUGGGAAGCCCAGGAGUCUACGGAGAGAAAUGUAUCCUCAGAAGAGGACCAGAGCCAGGAGUACAGCCUCCCAUUCACUAUGGUCACUGAGCAGAAACACUUGGAUGAUAUCAUAAGGAAUUUGUCUCAGCAGCCUGAGGAGCUUAAAGAGGUCUACACUGAGCAACUUAUUGUACAGCUGGCUCGUGAAGUUUUCAAGAGCCACUUGGAGCGUCAGGAAUCUGCCCUUAAAGCGCCAAGGCGAAGAGUUGAUUUCACCUCAGUAGAGUACCCUUUUCACAAACGUGUUUCUGGCUUUGCCAGCUCCCUGAGGACUACUUCUGCUGAAGCACUUCUUCCCACCUCUGUGGACCUGGCAAACGGUUCACGCAGACCUCCUCGAAAGCCUGCCAUCCUCCGAAAAAUUUCAGCAGCACAACAGCUCUCUGCCUCAGAGGUUGUCACCCACCUGGGACAAACAGUGGUCCUAGCCAGUGGCACACUCAGUGUGCUGCUUCACUGCGAAGCAGUGGGAAACCCGAAGCCCACCAUCAGCUGGGCGAAGAAUGGAGAGGAGGUGAAAUACAAUGAUAGGAUGCUACUUCAGCCAGAUGACUCCUUGCAGAUUCUAGCACCUGUGGAAGCUGAUGUGGGUUUCUAUGCUUGCAAUGCAUCUAAUGCCCUGGGAUCCGACUCUGUCUCCAUUGCUGUGACUCUAGCAGGAAAACCUCUGAUAAAGGCAUCGAGAGCUACUGUGAUCAACACUGAAUUGCCUGCUGUUACUGUUGAUAUUGGAAGCACAGUGAAAACAAUCCAGAGAGUAAACGUUACCAUUAGCUGCCAGGUUGCAGGUGUUCCUGAAGCAGAAGUUACUUGGUUUAAGAAUAAAGUCAAGCUGUACUCUGCUCACCACCUGCGUGAUGGGUCACUGCUGAUUGCAAAUGUAUCUCUGUCAGACCAGGGGCUAUACUCCUGCAAGGCAGCCAAUCUUCGUGGUGAGGUAACUGAAAGCACCCAGCUGCUGGUUCUUGAACGUCCACAACCCCUUCCUCACCUAGAAGACCUGACAGCGGUGCUCUCAAGCGCUGGGACCACCAUUCCUUCAGUGCUGACCUCUCCUUUGGGAACCAAAAUGACCAUCAGUCCUGGGAGCUCUGUCCUCAUAGGUUGUGCUGUGGAUGGUCAUCCCACUCCAAACAUCACCUGGCUUUUUGCUGGUGAGCCUCUCAAUCUGAAACAUCGCAUCCUGGCAGCAGGUCACAUUCUUCAGAUACUCAACGUUAGUGAUGCUCUGCAAGGUGAAUUCAGCUGCCUUGCUGAGAAUGAGGCUGGCUCACUCACACAGAGAACAUCCCUGGCAAUACAAGAAUACCGAUGGUCAGUGGACAAGCUGAUGGCUUGUUCAGCUUCUUGUGGCCACAAAGGCGUUCAGCUGCCCCAGCUGAGGUGCUUACUGGAUGGGACUGAAGUCAACAUAUCCCACUGCAAAGGGAAGCCCAAGCCAGCCCUGCAGCCCAUCGCCUGUAACAGGAGAGACUGCCCUUCACGGUGGAUGGUUACGUCAUGGUCUUCUUGCACACGGAGUUGCGGUGGAGGCAUCCAGACUCGGCGAGUGACGUGUCAGCGACUGACAGCUAAAGGCAAUUCUGUCCCAAUGUCGAAUGAAGCUUGUGCCCAGGGAUCCAAACACCCUGUGGAUACUCAAAACUGUAACAGGCAGCCCUGUGUUGAGUGGGUGGCCUCCUCUUGGGGCCAGUGUAAUGGGCCUUGCAUUGGACCUCGACAGGCUGUGCAACACAGACAGAUAUUUUGCCAGACCAAAGACGGGACUUCUGUGUCUUCUGAUCAAUGCAGUGCCUUACCAAGGCCUUUAGGUACACAGAACUGCUGGACUGAAGUGUGUGGCGUGCACUGGCGGGUCAGCCUAUGGACGGUGUGUACGGCUACGUGUGGGAAUUACGGUUUCCAGUCCCGGCGUGUGGAGUGUGUGCAUGUCCACACCAACAAACCUGUGCUGGAGCACUACUGCUCCUGGAGACCACGGCCUGCAAACUGGCAACGCUGCAACAUCACACCUUGUGAAAACAUGGAGUGCAGAGACACCACAAGAUACUGCGAGAAAGUUAAGCAGCUCAAACUCUGCCAGCUCACCCAGUUCAAAUCUCGUUGCUGUGGGACUUGUGGAAAAGCUUGAAGACAAAAGCAAAGAAACGGGGGGAAAAAGGGGAUCACAGCCUUUGCUUCACUGUGGCAAAGACUCUUACAAGAAAACACAAAUGGGAUGGAAUUUUUUUUUUCAUUUUAUUUAUUUAUUUCCCUUUUAAAAAAAAAGAAACCUUUUACAAAGUCAUUGUUAUAAAGGGAUUUGACAGGUUUUCCCAUCUAUACAUCUGGGAGACAGAAUGUAGCAAAAUACAGUCCUGGUGGUAGACCAGAAAGAGUAGUGGGUAGACCAGAAAGAGUAGGUGCGUCACAUGCCACCAGCAAGAUCGACCUGAGAAGAGUGGAGAUGUCUCAGAAGCUAUGUAUACAGCUGGAGAUGGAUGGGGAAGCAGAUGUAAGUCAAAACCUAGCAUCACAUCAGACUACCACGACGUGAAUCAAACAGCUUGACAGAUCAUGGGGUACUGGAGAAAAAAAGACUGAAGCAAACAUUCAACUGUGCAGUGUGCAGAUACUUCAUUUAUCAUAGACUAGUUUGGGGAUAUAAGCGUAUGACUUUGCUUUAUAAAUCUACUUGUUGCAUCCAAGUUUGAGUUCCUUUUUUCUUUUGAUACCUCUCUCUCCCUCUCAUCCCUAGCCUUCGCAUGAUUUCAGUGGGAGACCCUCUAGUAUAUUUGAGGACCUGGCAUCUGAUAGCUGAGGAAGUUGGAACACUGCUGUGCAAUGCAAAUGAAAUUAAAAUAUAUCUGAGAAAGUUCAUUGGGGGUUAUGCUUGGUGGGUGGGAGGGCUGGGGGGAGGCAGCCUCCAGCAUAAAGGACAGAUGGUGAUGUAAAGUAUUAUCCAGGAGAAGAGAAAGAAUUAUCUGCUAUUGACAGGUUGUAAUGCAAACCUGCAAAUGCUGUUCUGUGCCGAGCGCAGGCGGGAAGACUAGUAAAUGUCUGUAGUGGCAGAAGCUGCUUAGCACAGCGCAUCUGACUAACACUUGUUUGGAGCAGAGAGGAGUACUGGUUGCCAGAGCUCAGGUACUUUCAGACCUGGGGCUUAGUAAGGAAUUUGAGGAAGUGGUUUUUCCUGCCCUGCUAAUAUGGAAUUUCUCUCUCCUGACAGCCAAGCCUUUUAGUUAAGUGGUAGAAAAGAGCUGAUUUCUGUUUUGUUUUGGCUGUUCCUACUAGGUAGAAACAGGAUGGAUUCAGCAUCAGCCCCAGAGGACUGAUGCCAGUGGUUUUUAAGAAACAUGCUCUUCUCUAUCUGUCUCCCACAACAAAAUGUGUGCUCUAAAGCAGUGCAUUUUUAAGCCCAUAUAUAACACCCUGAAGAGAUGAUCUAAAAAGUCAGACUCAGACAUCACACCCACAAUAUGACUUUGCGUGCUGAUUGUGAGUCUUGACCCCAGCCAGUUGCAGUGGUAAUCAGACAGUGAAGUGUUUCAUCCUUUUAGUUCCUGGGCACACUCUUCUCAGAGAAAGACACCCAAUUUCAGAAUAGGAUGUUAAAAUAAGAAGAGGCUUCCAGGCUGGGGUUUGAGCAUCAUGAAAUUUCAAAGGAGAGCUAUCUGGAUCUGGGAUUUUGGUUCAUCAUCGUCUCUAAAUUAAAGGCUUGGCUGCGCAUCUCCUGUCACUCCCAGCAGACUCAGCCCUUGUGGUACGUUAGUAAAACAACGUUAAGAUGUUGCUGUGUUACAACUUCCACGUCAUGAAUUUCUCAGCAAACCUGAAAGUCCUCUUUUGAGGUCAGUGUCGGGUUCAUGAUAUUAAACUGCCUCUAAUUUGCCUAUUCCAAAACACAUCUGGCAAUGAACACUCUCACUACAAGCGGGUCUUUAAGAAUUAGUGUUGCUAAGCAUCAAUGUAAGUUUUUAUUUAAAAAAAGAAUGUCUUUCUAUGUAUGUAAAUGUAUAUCUUUUGUGUAUAUUUAUUAGGAUUUCUUGUAUAAAAAGUGCAAUAUUAAUAAGUGUACAUCAUGCUGUCCGGAUAAAAAUAUUUUGGGUUUUUUUUUAAUCUCCUCAGAGUUCUGUUCCUCUAAAAUCAAUGGCAAUAGUGUAUUUCUCUUAUUUUUAAUAGCACUUGCAUUUAACUGGGGAUCUGCUUCACUGUAUACGGAGUGCUUUGUAAACGAUGACAUGAGGGAGGGAGGAACAGUGUUUUUAACUUGUGAAAUGAUAGUUAUGCAUGGAAUGAAGGACAAAUUUGUUAAUAAUAAUAAUAAUAAUGUGGUGGAUAUUUCUAGUACUGUAGUUAACAAAAAGGAGUAUGGGGAAUUACUUAUAUUUGUUUAAUAGCAAAAUAUAAUCAGAUGAUCACAUGUUGAAUUAUUAGCUGUUUAACUGUGCCUAGGAUAAACAUGAGGGACCAGAUCCAGAGAGGCCACUGUGUAGCCUUUGCACAGUAUGAAUGUAAUUUCACGUGUUUGUCCUGUGAUUUGUGACUUGGCAGCAUCUCAGAAACAUAAGGAUUACUGAAUGUUAUACAGGAGGAGGCUUUCCUUCCCUAAAAAAACAAACCAACAACUGUAUUUAUAUAGUUUUUGUACAGAUAAUGCAGCUUAUUUAUUUAACUACUGCUGUCUGAUGUGUUCUUUAUUAACCUUAAAAACAAAAGCCAAAUG